GAACCAAAUCUAAAACUCUAAUAAGUACCAACUUUCCAAAUUUCUCUCUCGUCUCUCUCUCAUCCAAGUACCCAAUUCUCAAAUCUCUCCCCAUCUCCAUGCGCGCAUGUCAAGCUUUGAAGUUGCAUUGUGAGAAGAUCAAUUUCUGAUGUGUUAUGGUCUCUAAUUUGGAGUUGUUUUCAACAAUUUGGGUCUGUUUGGGAUGAAUUUGAACCACGUGGAACUAGUUUGAAAUUCAUAACAAAUAUAUUGGCCUAAAUACGGCUUAUAUGUCCUGAGAACAAGGUAGCAUUUUUAAUGUCACUGUUAGAUUAUGCUGUAAUAAAAAGGGAACUUUGCUGGACUCUCCUUUUGUGAGUUUGGAAAAAUCCAAGUUCCUUUACUUCAAUCAGCAAUGAUCGAGAGGAAAGCCAUGGCACGAGCUUCGCCAGUACUUUUGAUUCUUUUGGCUAUUGUUUUUUCUUUUGCCACAUAUAAUUUGUUAACUACAAUAAUCCGCUAUAGAUCUACUGGGAGUUUAGUAGGUGAUAAUUCAGAUGGCAUGUUCUUGACUGACCCCAUCAUUGAGAGGCCUAAGAAUGUAAGACGACCAGGGAACUCGAAGUCAAAAUUCCAUGUUGCUUUAACUGCCACUGAUGCUCCUUAUAGCAGAUGGCAGUGUCGAAUUAUGUACUACUGGUAUAAGAAGCAAAAGGUUAUGCCUGCAUCUGAGAUGGGAGGAUUCACUCGAAUUUUGCACUCGGGAAAUCCUGACAGCUUGAUGGAUGAAAUUCCUACUGUUGUAGUUGAUCCUCUUCCUUCAGGUCUAGACCGAGGAUACAUUGUCUUAAACAGACCAUGGGCUUUUGUUCAGUGGCUGGAGAAGGCUACCAUUGAAGAAGAUUACAUUUUGAUGGCAGAACCUGAUCACAUAUUCGUGAACCCUCUACCUAAUUUGUCUCAUGGAGGAUAUCCUGCUGCUUUUCCAUUUUUCUAUAUCACGCCUGCUCAACAUGAGAACAUCGUAAGGAAGUUUUAUCCGGAGGAAAUGGGCCCGGUGACAAAUGUUGAUCCAAUUGGCAAUUCUCCUGUCAUUAUCCAGAAGGAGUUGCUGGAAAAGAUUGCUCCUACCUGGAUGAAUGUUUCUUUGAAGAUGAAAGACGACCCUGAGACGGAUAAAGCUUUCGGAUGGGUGCUAGAAAUGUAUGCUUAUGCCGUGGCAUCAGCUUUACACGGGGUACAGCAUAUUCUCCGUAAGGAUUUUAUGCUUCAGCCCCCUUGGGAUUUGGAUAUUGCUAACAAAUUCAUUAUUCAUUAUACCUACGGAUGUGACUACAACUUAAAGGGUGAAUUAACAUAUGGUAAAUUCGGAGAGUGGCGAUUUGACAAGCGAUCGUAUUUACGUGGGCCUCCACCAAGAAACCUCUCCCUUCCACCUCCUGGGGUUCCUGAAAGUGUGGUAACCCUUGUGAAGAUGGUGAAUGAAGCUACUGCUAACAUUCCGAAUUGGGGCGAAGCGCAAUAGUAUGGAUUGCAUUCUCGAUUAUUAUCUUAUACUGAUCUUGAUAGGGAAAAUUUUGAUCUUACUUGUUUUUUUCGAAAGCUUAAUACAGUCAAAAUUCAUGUGGCUGUUAAAUGGAAAGCAUAAUUGAUUAGUAAAAUUUAUGUGGAUAACUUGCUUGGCGAUCAUAGGUUUUCUUGAGGGUGGUCUUGGUAGGGUAAGUUGGUUAGUUUUUGUACUUGCUUGGAAGCAAUGAUGUCAAAGGUGUUUUUUUUAUUUUAUUUUAUUUUGUUUUGCUUCUUUUCACGAUUGCCUUUGUUGUAAACAAACAUUCCAGUCAAAAUAAUUUGUUUGUUCUCAUUACAAGGAAGAACAUCAUCAGACAUUUAAAA